AUGGAAGACAUCAAACAAAAGGGCCUCGAGGAUGUGGUUCUCGAUGCUAUUGAUCUUCAAGAGCUUGGCGCUCAGCAUCAAACCCAGGAUGACCAUGGCAUCACGAAGGAAGCAUCCCUAGUGGAUCUUGCGGUGCUUGAGAUUGGUAUUUCACGGGUCUUCGAGAAGUAUGAGAUUACAAAAUUCGUUCCUCUGAGCAGCGAUGAUCCGAUGGUUUUGCAACAGCCGGCAGAAGAUCUCGACUCAAAGAGAGCUCUUUGUUACCAGCACCUGCAUUCCAAAUACCCGCAGGAAUAUGCAAAAAGGUGCAAUCUUGCAAGAACUUCCGGAUAUGAGAUCCACAACAUCCUAAAGGACUGGCAUGAGGAACGUCUCGAAGAUAUUUGUAACCGCCUCAGAAAGCUCGGUUACUGUUGA